AUGGCUACCCCUAGUGUCCUCGCUUUUGACGCUGAGGGUCGGGCCAUUGACUUUGACGUCUGGGUAGAUGACCUGCAGUUUUUCCUACAGUGCGAUAGGGCAGACGGUCUCUCCCUCUUUGACCUCACUUCUAGUGCCUCUCCUGCCCCUGCUAUUGAUGCUGACGCCACUGUUCGCUCACAGUGGGCCACACGCAAUGCUGCUGCACGUCUUGCUGUGCGUCGCCACCUGCCUACCUCUGAGCGUGCGCACUUUAGCCAGUACAAGAGUGCUCAGACCUUUCGGUCGGCGCUGCGUCUGCCCCGAGCGGGAGACGACGCACCGGCAAAGGCAAGGGGGGCAAGGGCGCUGGAGGGGCUGGCGGGGGUGGCGGAGGUGGCGGUGGCGGCUGUGGAGGGGGUGGGGGUGGUGGUGGGAGUGGUGGCGGGGGUGGAGGUGUCGGUGGCGGUAGUGGAGGCGGAGGCGGAGGCGGCGGUGGCGGUGGGGGCGGAGGUGGCGGAGGUGGCGGCGGAGGAGGAGGCGGCGGCGGAGGAGGCGGAGCUGGUCGGGGUGGCGCUGCGCAGAGGGUCGGCUCCGGUGGUGCGGGGUGGGGGUACUGGUCCGUGCACCUACGUCCUACGCACUGGCGACCGCGCGGGUGAGCAGUGCGGGGGUGCGCACUCCACCCAGCGCUGCUUUGGCCGCCUGACGGACGCUUGGCAUCACCAGUUCCCUGAGGCCACUGAGAUCCCUCGCUGGGGCGAGCUGUCUAGGGCGGGAGUAGCUAUCUUUGACCUUGACUUUGAUGCUAUUCUUGCUGCCAUGUAUAUUGUGACUAUUAGUGAUGAGGGUGACUGUUACCGGUGUUUUCCGCCUGACCCGGGCAUUGAGACUGCUGCUCUAGGUACUGGUGAGGCUGCUGCUCUAGGUGCUAGCGAGGCUGUUGCUCUAGGUGCCAGUGCGUCUGCUUCCUCAGGUGCUGGUGAGUCUGCUCUCUCAGGUACCGCGUCAGCUUCGGCCUCCCACACCUUCACCCUUGACUCGGAGGCUUCUUGCUCCUUCUUUCGAGACGGCACCACACUCACGCCGCUUGGUCGGCCAGUUGCAGUCUCUCUGGCAGACCCCUCUGGGGGUCCUGUCCUUGCUCACUUCUCCACUGUCCUCCCGUGUCUGGCGGCCCCCUCUGGCACCCUGUCUAGUAUUUCCCUCCCCUCGUUCUCUACGAACUUGGUGAGUGGUGCUGACCUACAGGAUGCGGGGGUUCACCAGUUCACUCCUGCGAGUCAGCGGGUGACCCACUGCACGGACGCUCAGACAGGCCGACACCUGGCCAGGUUUACACGUAGGCCGGGGUCGAGCCUGUACACACUGACCCCUGAGUCUCCUCCUGUCCCUGCGUCUGGUCAGGUAGCUGCGUCGGGUCAGGUGUUUGCUGCAGCGUCCAGGUCUGGUCCUGAGUAUGCCCCCUGCUCGUGUCGCCUCCUGUCCCACGAGACUCUCCUCUGGCACCACCGCCUUGGUCACCCCUCCCUGCUUCGUCUCCGAGGCAUGGCCUCCCGUGUCCUUGUCUCUGGUCUUCCCCGGUCCCUCCCUCCCCUUCCCCCGGGGCCUGCCCCUGCCUGCGUCCCCUGCGUUGAGGGGCGGCAGCGUGCUGCCCCUCACUCCUCCCAGUUUCCUCCGAUAGAGGCCCCGCUGCAGACGCUUCACAUGGACGUGAGGGGCCCCGCCCGCGUCCGUGGACAGGGUCACGAGCGCUACUUCCUGCUGGUGGUUGACGACUACUCGCGUUACACCACAGUCUUCCCCUUGCGCAGCAAGGGUGAUGUCACUGAGGUGCUGAUCGACUGGAUCCGCGCGGCUCGUCUCCAGCUCAGGCGGAGCUUUGGCUCGGACUUCCCUGUCCUGCGUCUGCACUCGGACAGAGGCGGAGAGUUUUCCUCUGGCCUACUGCGAGCCUACUGA